GAAGAUAAAUAUAAAAUACAAAAUUACAUUGAUAAAAUAAAAAUAAAUAUAAAUAAAAUGGCGUUAUAUAAAAUUAUCCAACGGUGGAGGAACAUUCAUGCGCGGAAACACGGAGCCGCUCACACCCAAGACAUUGGAAUCUCACACCCUCCCAUACAAACAAAAAAGGUCACUGCUCUCUGAAACACACUCACGCUCCUUCACGUCUCUCUCCCCACUUGCAAACACUAACUUUAACUCAACCAUAGUUUACUACCAACCACACCUCUCCAUUUUCUUCCCUUUAUUUAUAUCCCAACUCCACCUCAAUUCGCAUUCUCCAUUCCCCUAUCAUUAUUCCUUAACCACACUACUUACUUACCUUUCUUCUCUGUUUUUUUGUUUCAUGUGAGGGAGAGAGAUUCUGCGAUACCAGAAUAGUAAUAACUAUGAGUUGCAAUGGCUGCCGUGUUCUCCGAAAGGGUUGCAGUGAGUCGUGUAUUUUGCGACCUUGUUUGCAGUGGAUUGAUACUCCAGAAGCUCAGGGUCACGCCACUGUCUUCGUAGCCAAAUUCUUUGGUCGCGCGGGUCUCAUGUCUUUCAUUUCAAAUGUCCCUGAACCACAAAGACCGGCUCUGUUUCAGUCUUUACUAUUUGAAGCGUGUGGGAGAACGGUUAAUCCUGUAAACGGUGCCGUGGGACUUCUCUGGACUGGAAACUGGCACGUGUGUCAGGCAGCGGUCGAGACUGUUCUUCGCGGCGGGACGCUUAGGCCUUUACCGGAGCUGACAGGUAUGAACGCGCCUCCUGUCGCGUCUGAUGAAGCAUCGGAAGCGGAAGACGCCGGCACAGACGCCAUUUGGAGGAUCCGAGAUCCGAAUCCGAAUUUUCGGUUACCAAGCACUCGAUCUAACAAUAAGGUCUCUUCUGGUGUCAAACGCAGGCGAUCGGAGGAUUUUGUGAAGAUUCCUGCCGCGAUUAACCUUGAUCUCCGAUUGACGCCGAUUUUUCAGCAGAAAGGACUUGAGAACCGCCAGCCUGGAUCGCCGUCGAUGACGUCAGAAGAAUCCGUGACUACGACGGCGUGCUUGGAGGCUGGGAUCGGAGAAAAAUGGACUCACGGCGGUGAUAGGAAAGUUCUCAACCUUUUCAUAUGAGGACUCUCUAGGUUUGUGUUGCGUUUGCGUGUGUCACCUCACGCGCGCGUCGUAACGUUCCUUUGUUUUGCUUACAAUACUCAUUGUGGGGGAAGGGAGAAAACGGUUUUGUAGUUCGACGAGUUUUCGUGAGUUACCGGUUCAGGAUUUCUCUCGAGAGAAAAAUGAUGGUUCGUCGGUGAUUUUUUUUCUUUCUUUUCAGUCUUUUUGAUUUUAUUUUAUUUUUAUUUUUAUUUUCUAGCAAAUAUGAGACAUGUAGUAAACCUGUAACCGUGGAAUAUUAAUAUUAAAUCAUAUGAAAUAAAAAUAAAGAGAAGUUUUAUUUAA